AUGUCCAGAAGAGACAAAAUUCUUUCUUUGGCUAUUUCGCAAAAUCAAAACUCAAAACCACAUGUUUCUCCAUCUGAACCUACCAGCCAUCAGCUGAUUCCAAGGCCAUCAAUAAUAAAACCGUCUGCUGUUCAAAAAGUCAAAUCUUUUGAAGCAACCGUUACCAGACAUUCUCUAAAGUGCUAUGAAACCCUACCAUACUCCGAAGAAGAAUGUGAAAAGAUGAACAGACCUGUAAAUUAUUUUGAAGAUUCCGACGAUAGUGUCAUUGAUAAAGACUAUAUCCCUGAUUUUAUAAUUUCAGAUUCUGAUUCUGAUUCAGCCAUUUUUAUUAAAAGAAAUUUACUUGAACAUAAAAAAACUAGAGGCAAAAAGACAGAACGUGAAGAGACUGAACAUGAUGAGACUGAACGUGAAGAGACUGAACAUAAUGAGACUGAACAUGAAAAAGCAGAACGUGAAGAGGCUGAAUAUGAUGAGACUGAACGUGAGGAAACUGAACGUAAGGAGACUGAACAUGAAGAGACUGAACGUGAGGAGACUGGAUAUGAAGAGACUGAACAUGAG